GCCCCACCCAUCCGCCUUGCGCCGCGCCGCUUCUCCUGCCCUUCAGGAGCCGCCCCCUCCCCCCCCCCUCCCAUCGGGGUCGGCCCCGCUCCUCGCGCGCCGCCUCCCUUCCCGCCCGAGCCUGCGCCGGCCCCGCCCCUCGCCUUGACGGCAGCCGCCUGGCCGGGGGGCUGAGAGGAGCCCUGCCGCCGCCGCCGCCGCCGCCUCUCGCGCCGGGGUCCAGCCGCCGCCGCCCGCCUCAGCCUGGCCAUGGCCGGCCGCUCGCUCCUGCUCCUGCUGGCCGCCGCCCUCGCCGCCCUGCUCGGGAGAGGAUAUGGCGAUGAUUUUGAUGACUUCAGUUUAGCGGAUGCACUUGAUGACAGUCCAACCAAGCCACCUACUCCAAAGUUGCCCAAAAAGCCAUCGGGCAGAACAGGAUAUGGGGAUGGUUUGGAUGAUUUCAGUUUGUCAGAUGCACUGGACGACCUUCCCACCAAGCGACCUACUCCAAAGUUGCCCAAAAAGCCAUCGGGCAGAACAGGGGACUUUGAUUUAUCUGACUACUUUGACACCCCACCGGAGACUACAACAAAACCAGGAAAGGCAACCACUAAACCCUAUCCAAAGAAGCCAGAUGAUAUUAGUUUAUGGGAUGUGAUCUACACCACCACAACCAAGAAGCCAAAAACCACCAAGGCUCCAGCCAAAAAGAAUCCAGCAAAGGAUCCUGCGGACUUUGACUUAUCUGAUGCACUAGAUGAUCAGAAUGAUGGGAAAGGCGGUGGGAAACCAAAUGUAAAACCUGGUGAAGGCUCGAAAGGUAAAGGUAGCCCUUCAAGAGGUGGAAAACAGGCAUUUUCAGAUGACGAUCUGGCUGGAGUUCUGGACGAUGGGGAGUACCAUCCUGAUAAGAAGAAAGGUGGCAGCGACUACGACGCAGACACCACCGCUGAGACUGGGACAAUAGCAGGAAUAGCCAGUGCUCUUGCCAUGGCAUUGAUCGGUGCAGUCUCCAGUUACAUUUCCUAUCAGCAAAAGAAGUUUUGCUUCAGCAUACAACAGGGUCUUAACGCAGAGUAUGUGAAAGGAGAAAACACAGAAGCUGUUGUAACUGAAGAACCUCAAGUUAAAUAUUCAGCCCUAGAAACACAGUCAGCAGAGCCGCUGCCACCACAAGACAAUGCGAAGGUCUAAAGCAUGGCCUUGGGCUGGAAGAGAAUCAGUCAGCGACACGCGCGCGCACACACACACACACACUUGUAAUUCAGCUUUUUAAUUUGGAUCCAAGCUAAUUAAUGUGUAUUUAGACUAGAAGUGGCUUCUUGUUAAUAUAGGCUGUAGGGCUAGAAUGUCAGUGUCUUUUUAUUUUUUUGUAAAGAGUUGUAUGUUUACAUCAAAUUUAAUAAUGUAGGAUUGAACAAAACCACAAAAGGUGCUUCAGUAGCCUUCCAAGUGACGGUUAGGAUUUUCACUUUCGGGACAAGUAGCUGGGAUAAUGUCUUUUCAAAGAGUGCCAGAGUGUACAGGUGUGAGAACGAUGAAGUGCCUGUAAAAUAACAAUCCAAAGCAAACCAUGCGAAAACCUUUGUAAAUCACUUCCAGCCAAUUUCUGUUAUCAGCUAGGCACAUGCAGUGUUAGCAGUGAAAAUUGUGUGUGCAGCUGAGGGUAGAUUUUGCUCCUUAGAGUAGCUACACCUAAAAAUAAAGUGCCUGUGGGUAGAUCCUCAUUUAGGGGCUCUGCCUCAGGGGAUAACAAAUGCCUCUACUCAUUGGAGUCGAGAGUGCACAUCAUCUCACAGUACUAGGCUUCUACCCACCUUUAAGGACCUGAUGUUGAUACCAGAUAACAAUACAGAUAAUUGUGGUAUGGGAUUUUGGCAGGUAACACUGCCAUACGUCAUUGUGUCUGAGAUCGGCAUUGAGCCUCAAGUUCCAGGGUUUGGCUAUGACAACACUGAAACUUCUGCAUUGUCGCUGAGAUUAACUGAAAACUGUGCACACUUGUAUGGAUUUAGGGACAGGUUCAGCUCUCGUUUACACCAGAGUCACUUGAAUUUAGAGAGAGCGAAGUUAAAAGUGAUUGAGUUUUUUUUAAAAAGAUCAGGUAAUUAACCUGUGAAACUCUGCCACAAGAUAGCCAUUAAGAGCUUAGCAGAAUUAAAAAACCCAACUAUUUAUUAUGGCUGAUGAGCACAUCCCUAGUUAUUUUACCCGGGGGGGGGGGGGGGAGAGGGAAGGGGGAUAUAAAGCCUCAUGCGUCAGGGCAUAAGCUAACCUCAGAGAAUGGUUAGGAAGAAACUGCCACUGACGGGGUAGUUGUGUAGAAUUAUCCUCUCUGGGGUUUCUUACACCUUCCUCUGAAGCAUUUGAUGCUGGCCACUAACAGGAUACUGUACUCUAGGUGAAGCAGUGCUCUGAUCUGUGUUCCUGUUUAACUGAAGUGUAACUGAGAUUGAUUCUGGCUUCUGGUAUCUUGACUAUCACUUGUUACAACUUCUUUUUUCCUUUAUGCCCCUUUCAUGUGGACACUGUUACAUGCCAAUACAUUUUUCAAAAUUAGCUGAAUUAGGAAAAGAGGCUUUGAAACAAAGGAAAACUCUUCACUUUCUCAAGUGGAAAAGGUACAAAGUGUUUAUAGAAUCAGGACAUGCGUACAUUUUGUAAUGUUUUGCAAAAAUCCCCAUUAUGUGAAUGGGAAGCAGCAGCUGAGUAAGAGCGUCUAGUUUUCAGUUUGAUGUACAAACACAGUUUUCAUGAAGGGAUUUACAUGGGGCCUUGCCUGUAGGUAUUUGUAUAAGCCUAGGGACAUUUUUGUGUAACUAUCUAAUUUAAAGGAAAUUACCUAGUAGCAUUGUAAAUGUUUUGCAGCAGCUGUACAAUUCCUUAUGCUCUGUGGUUUUUUUUGACACAUGCAUUUCAAAAGCCUUAUAAUAGCUUUACAGGCAGAAAUAUAUUGUUUUAUAAAUGUGUUUGUAUUACA